AUGCCAGAUUCCCACUUUUCUAAAUCGGAUUUUGCUCGUGACGCCAACUGUAAAGCAAUAUCACUUAUAACACGAGAAGCAGGCUUCGAAUCAAUACAGCGAUCCGCGUUAGAAAAGCUAAGCAACGUGCUUGAACUAUACCUAGAGAAUUUAUUAUCCAGAACACACAAGUAUGCCGAACUCGCCAGCAGAACCAAACCUAAUUAUCACGACAUUCUACGUACACUGGAAGAAUCUGGCAUUCAACUCUCCAGUUUCAGCGACUAUAUGAAUCAAUCUAGGCAAAACAGACAUCUCUUGACUAUACCAACAGCAACCGAACAACCCAACAAAUCAGAAAAUAAUGUGCAAUUCCUAGCAUCGGACGACGAGAAUGAUGAAGACGAAGACGACGAUGAUAACAGCAGCGAAAAGAAAGGGGCCUCAAGUCAAUUUGAGCUACCAGAAUAUGUACCAGACCACUUACCUAAAUUUCCUUCAAGGCAUUCGUUCCGGCAAACACCUGUAUAUAUCCAUCGGCCGGAUGAUCCACAACGCGUACGAGAAUUGAAUUCACAACAGUCGCGCAUUGUCGAAGAAAAUCUCAAACGACUGAUGUCAGCCGAGAACCAGCUCUUGCGACGGGCGGAAAGAUCCAGAGAUGAUCUGAUGGAUAUCACGAUUCCGAUAGUCAACUAUGAAGGCGCGUUACAACGACGAAAACGCGUCAAACGAGCACGCUCUGAGAUCAAAGAACCGGACGCUGUCACCAAACCGAGCAGCCAUGAAACAGCAGCAGUAGCAUCAACACCAACACCAACGACACCACUCACUGACGAUCAUCAGCAGCAGCAACAACAGCAUGACUAA